AUGACGACCGAGUCUACCAACGACGAUCAAUUAAAGAGGCUGAUUCAAAUUCGACGAGGAAAUCGUUCCGUUGUCACUAAACUAGAGAAUGAAGUUUCGUCAAUAAUUUCGAGAAUUAGUGCCAGUGAAGCUUCUAGCAAUUCAGCUACAAAGGCUAACUUAUUAGCAAGAGUCGAGUCUAUUUCAACAUCCCUGAAGCAGAAACAUCAAUACAUUACGGAGUUGAACGAACAAAUAAUCAACAAAAUCGACACACCGCUCAUAGACAAAGAGAUCGAUGAGACUUCAGAAUGGGAUGCAACGGUUUUUGAAGUUAUCAACAAAAUUGAGCAAAUAAAGUUGGGAAGUUAUACGCGAGAUCCACAGCCCCCUGGCAUACCGAUUGGCCAGAUCGAGAGUAACACGCAGCAAGAGGAACAGGAUAGAAGUUUCAGUUCAAGCUUUGUGGCCCAAAAUGCGGGCAUUCGGCUGCCUAAAAUUAAUUUACCCAAGUUUGGUGGCGACAUUACGGAAUUCAAUGCCUUUUGGCAGAGCUUUGGGUGCGCCGUACACGCCAACGAGAAUAUAAGUGCAGUUCAUAAGCUGAAUUACCUCAUGAAUUUGCUGGAAGGACCGGCAUAUAGAGUUGUUGCCGGACUUGAUAUAACGGAAGAGAAUUACCACCAUGCAGUCGAAACCUUGAGAGCCAGGUUUGGAAAUAAGCAGCGUAUAAUAAGCGCCCAUAUGCAAGCGCUACUCAAGCUUCAAGAAUUGCCAAACGACAAGGUUUCACACUUAAGAUUCAUGCUGGAUAAAAUUAAUGUGCACGUACGGGGAUUGGAAUCUUUAGGAAUGCCGCAAGAAAGUUAUGGUAGCCUUUUGAUCCCAAUAAUCAUGCAAAGAAUGCCCGGUGAAAUCACUGUCCAAGUGGCGAGAAAGGUUACGGAGGACAUAUGGCCAAUACAAGAAAUUUUGGACAUUAUACGGAGAGAGAUCGAGGCACGAGAGUUAAGCGAAAGCGUUUCUGUUACACGAAAUACAGUGAAACAAACAACCGAAGGUUUCAUUAGCAACAACCAAAUCAUUUGUUGCCAGAACUAA